UGAGAAGGGCUGAGCCCAGGAGAAAGGGCCCCACACCUCAGGAGAGUGAGUGAGGGAGAAUGUGAGCAUACUCUCUCCAGUCUGUUGGUCUCCUUAGCCUACAGGGAGCAGCAGCGACCCUCUGUCAGAUCCGUUGCAUAGACUGUGUAGAUCCCUCUAGAGGGACUGCUCUGUGGUGCUCAGCCAGGACUGUCGAUCUCUUUCACCCAGCUGCCUGCCUGGGAGUUCCCUCUCUCUGCCUGGAGCAGCUGCCUUCUUGACUGGAUCUGGAUCAACCAGAGGAUGCAGGGAGGGUACUUACACCAGGGCUCAACUACGCUUUCAGGAGGAGAUAAACACUGGCAGUGUUUCCUUAGCUUCCUCUUCAAUGUUCUCCCUUUCUUUCCCUCUCUCCCUGGUUGGGCUGCCUGCCUGCUGCCAAAGCUGACUGCUGCCCAAGCUGCCUGCUAGGCUCUGGGAGCUGGAUAUACUUGUGUAACAUUCCUGAAUUACAGCAACGUGUUUUUGGGUCUCUGUUCGCCCCCACCCUCGGGUCCUCCACCCUUUCUUGGCCUUUUCCUGGGCUGCACUUUAAAGAGGAUUUUUGGAUUCUAGCCUCCUGCUCUCUCUGCUGUGGUGGUGAAAGAAGAGCCUGGAUCAGUGUAUUUCUGUGUGUUCUCUCUUUGGCUCUGUAUGAGGCUUCCAUCCCUCCAAGGUGUCUGUCCAUGGACUCUCAGGCUCUGAUAGAAGUAGUACAUCUGUGUUUUCAGAUGGGGGUUUAGGCAGAGACCCAAAGGAGGGGGGGGGGACCGGAAAGGAGCGGCCCUCUGUUAUGGGCUGUUUUGUUUCUAUGGAAAAACCGCAAUGAAGAGUUCCCUCACUCUCUCCCUAUGUCGGGCAGAGCUAAUGUGCAGCCUGUGAACUCAUGGAAUGGGGUUCUCAAGCUCUUCACAUGCAUAGCCACUAGAACAGCCAACAACCCCAAAGAGGUCCCCACAUUUCAAGAGAAGAAGAAAGCCUUAUUUGGGAAUCUUAUGGACGAAGAAAUGAGUCGCCAGACCGCCACAGCGCUGCCAACAGGAACCUCCAAGUGCGCCCCCUCCCAGCGCAUCCCCACCCUGUCCGGCACUACAGCCUCUAACAGCGACCUGGCCAGCCUGUUUGAGUGCCCUGUCUGCUUCGACUAUGUGCUGCCCCCCAUCCUGCAGUGCCAGAGCGGCCACCUGGUCUGCAGCAACUGCCGUCCCAAGCUCACCUGCUGCCCCACCUGUCGGGGCCCGCUGGGCUCCAUCCGGAACCUGGCCAUGGAGAAGGUAGCCAACUCUGUGCUGUUCCCCUGCAAGUAUGCGUCGUCGGGCUGCGAGGUAACGCUGCCCCACACAGACAAGGCGGAGCACGAGGAGCUUUGUGAGUUCCGGCCGUACUCCUGCCCUUGCCCAGGGGCCUCCUGUAAGUGGCAGGGCUCGUUGGACGCGGUAAUGCCCCACCUCAUGCACCAGCACAAAUCCAUCACCACGCUGCAGGGUGAGGACAUCGUGUUCCUGGCUACAGACAUUAACCUGCCUGGAGCAGUGGACUGGGUCAUGAUGCAGUCCUGCUUUGGUUUCCACUUCAUGCUGGUCCUGGAGAAGCAGGAGAAAUACGACGGCCACCAGCAGUUCUUUGCCAUUGUGCAGCUAAUCGGCACGCGGAAGCAGGCAGAGAACUUUGCCUACCGCCUGGAGCUCAACGGGCACCGGCGACGGCUCACCUGGGAGGCCACGCCCCGUUCCAUCCACGAGGGCAUUGCCACGGCCAUUAUGAACAGCGACUGCCUGGUGUUUGACACCUCCAUCGCGCAGCUGUUCGCUGAGAAUGGGAACCUGGGCAUCAAUGUCACCAUAUCCAUGUGCUGAGGACUGUCAGGUGGACAGCCACUAACACACACACGCAUACAGACACACACAUACACACUCCACACUACAGGAAACCUGGGUUUGCAGCAGGGUGUAAGUGUUGUCCCAAGGAACCUGUUGCCAUUGUAAAUUGUGGUUUAGAACUUUCACAGAUUGGUAAGAGCUUGAUGCAAACAAUGGAACUCUAUCCCUGGGAUUACAUUUUAGGCUUCAAUACAAUAUUCGUUAAAUAAUUAAAGGUAAGUUUUUCUGAGGAUAAUCCACCAAUGCCCUUCAACCCAGAGCGCACCUAAUGGAGUGUACACUUCAACAGGUGGGGGCUCAGUUUUGUGGUCCAUCUUUGCAGAGGGAAGCUGGCAGAAGUGUUACAGAUAGUGAGAGACGCAGUGGGUGGACUCAAUUUGAGGGAGGGUGGGGAAGCAAAAACAAUGGCAAAUGUUUUUAUUUUUUAUAUAUUGCAUUUCAGUUGAGUCGAAGUGAAAUGAACUAUUAAUGUUUUUGAUUUUUAAUUAUGUUGUCCUUUUUUCCCCUCCUUGGAUGAGAAGGUCCUAGUACUGUGUGCACGGACAUUGGCUGAAAAGCUAGUUUGGUCUCUCUGGAGUCCAAUGGUUUCAGCCUAAACCACUGAAUAUCUGACCAGGGGUGUAUUCGUUAUUCCAAUUCUGUUGCAAAACGUUUUGUCUGUUGCAAAGCGUUUUACAACUAAAACAAGAGUUUCUAUUGGACAAAUUCAGGUAGGUCCCUCAGUUUCGUUCUGUUUGGUUCUUAAACGGUAAAUGUUUUUCCGUUGCAAGAUGUAAUGAAUACGCCCCAGGAAUGAGGACAGUUUCUACAGUUAUAAUAUCGUUAUUAUUAAAUGGAGAUUGUUAUAAUUUUUGUAAUGACUUUUAAUGAAUGAAAAAGGCUGUACCCUUGUGGCUAAUCUUUCAGUGUUUGUAGAUCAAUUGUGUCGUUCUUUCGAAAACUUCAAUGUAUUUUAUUUUGUAAGUUAGUUUUCGCUCGUCGUUUGUCUGUCUUUAUCUAAAUUCUGUUUGUGAGUGGGCAUAGCAAUGCCAAACAUCUCUGUGGAUACAUAGUACUGUUGCUGGUCCCCAUCUCUUAAUUGUCUUUUGUUUUAUUUUGUCAUUAAAUAAAUCUCUUUUUCAUACCUUG